GGGGCCAGCCCAAGUCAAAGAUCACCCACCUCAUCGUCUGCACCACCUCCGGCGUCGACAUGCCCGGCGCCGACUACCAGCUCCUAAAGCUCCUCGGCCUCCGGCCCUCCGUCAGGCGCUUCAUGAUGUACCAACAAGGCUGCUUCGCCGGCGGCGCCGUCCUCCGUCUCGCCAAGGACAUGGCCGAGAACAACAAGGGCGCUCGCGUUCUUGUCGUCUGCUCUGAGAUCACUGCUGUCACGUUCCGCGGGCCCUCCGAACUCCACCUGGACUCCAUGGUGGGCCAGGCCUUGUUCGGCGAUGGCGCCGCCGCAGUCAUUGUCGGCGCGGAACCGGACUUGGCUAUCGAAAGGCCGCUCUUCGAGCUGGUGUCGGCGGCCCAGACGAUCCUUCCGGACUCAGAGGGCGCGAUCGACGGGCAUUUGAGGGAAGUAGGGCUGACGUUUCAUCUCCUCAAGGACGUGCCAAUGCUGAUAUCGAAGAACAUAGGGAAGAGUUUGGAGGAGGCGUUCACUCCCCUCGGGAUCAGCGACUGGAAUUCGAUAUUCUGGGUGGCGCACCCGGGAGGGCCGGCGAUUCUCGACCAGGUGGAGGCGACAGUGGGGCUGAAGAAGGAGAAGCUGAGGGCCACUCGCGAGAUGCUCAAAGAGUACGGAAACAUGUCAAGCGCAUCUGUGCUCUUCAUAUUGGAUGAGAUGAGGAAGAAGUCGGCGGAGGAAGCCAAGUCCACCACCGGCGAAGGCCUUGACUGGGGCGUCCUCUUCGGCUUCGGCCCCGGCUUGACCGUCGAGACUGUCGUGCUCCGUAGCCUUCCCAUUAAUUAAUUAAAAUUGCCUGAUUAAUUAAAUUAAGCCAUUUCAUGUGAUUAUUUUUUGUAUGGUUCAUAAAUCUAUGUUAUACGUGUUUCAACAAUAAGUGUGAUUGU